ACUCACAAGCCUUUGUUACUUCACUCAUUUUUUCUCUUUCUCUUUUCCCUCCCAACAUUUUCCAUUUUGGAGAAGAAGGGGAAACCAGAAAAAGUUCAUUUUUUUCCCAAGAAAAUACAAAAAGAAACAACACACAAUGAGGGAGAAGAGCAUUAAUGUUCAUUAUUCUUUCAUUUUUACUAUUAUUCUUGUGUUAGUUACUACUUUACAAACUAUAUAUGCUGACAACCCUUAUCGAUACUACACUUGGAAAAUCACUUAUGGAGAUAUUUACCCUUUGGGUGUCAAACAACAGGGGAUCUUGAUAAAUGGGCAGUUUCCAGGGCCACAGAUUGACUGUGUAACAAAUGACAAUUUGAUUAUCAGUGUCUAUAACUACUUGAGUGAACCUUUUCUCAUUUCUUGGAAUGGUAUACAACAAAGGAGGAACUCAUGGCAAGAUGGAGUUUAUGGCACAACUUGUCCAAUUCUACCUGGAAAAAACUUCACAUAUACCCUCCAAGCAAAAGACCAGAUAGGUAGUUAUUUCUACUUCCCAUCACUUGCAAUGCACAAGGCAGCAGGAGGAUAUGGUGCCAUCAGAGUCUAUAGCCGUCCUCGAAUUCCAGUACCUUUUGCUCCACCUGCUCAUGAUUUCACUGUACUAGCUGGAGACUUGUACAAGAGAAGUCACAGGCAACUGAAGUACAUUUUAGAUAGUGGUCAUGAUCUUCCGUUACCUGAUGGUCUUAUUAUCAAUGGUCGUGGAUGGAACGGAUACACAUUUACAGUUGAUCAAGGUAAGACAUAUAGGUUCAGGAUAUCUAAUGUGGGGAUUGCAACAUCAAUUAAUUUCAGAAUUCAAGGGCACACAAUGAAGCUGGUUGAAGUUGAGGGAUCACAUACACUUCAAACAACAUACACUUCACUUGACAUCCAUCUAGGACAGUCUUAUUCAGUUUUAGUCACCGCUAAUCAGCCUCCAAAGGACUACUAUGUCGUUGUCUCUUCACGAUUUACCACACGAGUGCUAACCACUACUGCUGUUCUUCACUACAGCAAUUCAUGGACAAAAGUUUCUGGACCUCCCCCUGGAGGGCCUACUACUCAAAUUAAUUGGUCCCUUUACCAGGCCAGAUCUAUUCGUUGGAAUCUAACUGCAAGUGGACCAAGGCCUAAUCCUCAAGGUUCUUAUCAUUAUGGAUUGAUCAAGCCUUCGCGCACAAUCAUGCUUGCCAACUCUGCUCCAUAUAUAAAUGGCAAACAGAGAUAUGCUGUCAACAGUGUCUCGUACACUGAUCCAGAUACCCCACUUAAGCUGGCUGAUUACUUCAACAUUGGAGGAGUAUUCAACCUUGGUAGUAUCUCUGACCAGCCUUACAAUGGAAAUGCCUAUAUUGGAACCCCAGUUAUGGCGGCAAGCUUCAGAUCUUACGUUGAGAUCAUUUUCCAAAAUUGGGAGAACACUGUCCAAUCAUGGCAUAUAGAUGGCUAUUCCUUCUUUGUUGUCGGUAUGGAUGGUGGACAAUGGACUCCAUCAAGUAGAGCACACUACAACUUAAGGGACACGAUUGCACGUUGCACCGUCCAGGUGUACCCCAAGUCAUGGACCGCAAUAUACAUGGCAUUGGACAAUGUAGGAAUGUGGAACAUAAGGUCUGAGAAUUGGUCAAGGAGGUACUUGGGUCAACAAUUCUACUUAAGAGUUUACUCCCCAGCCAAUUCUUGGAGAGAUGAACUCCCAAUACCAAAGAAUGCUAUUCUUUGUGGCAAAGCUAGAGGUCACCGCACGAGGCCUCUUUGAAACAGUAAUAGUUCUAGCUAGUUUUCUGUCACGAGAGGGUGACCGGCGUAUAUCAAUGUAAGCUAAGGGAAAGAUUUAAUCUGGGAAGAGUUAAAGAAGCUGAGUUUGAGCUAUGACUUAUAGCUAGUCUCUUCUUUUCUUUCUAUAUCAUAUAUGUAUCCUGUUUUUAAUUGUUGAAAUUGAUGGAAUGUAUCAUUUCACAUUUCA